AUGUCGACUUCUACUGAAGAGAACUUGAUCUUUGACUUCGAACUCAGCGAGAAUGAGAGGGACUUGAUUAGAUCUGUUCCCAAACUCCAGGGCGAGUCCAAUUGGAGAGCAUGGGAGGCGAAUCUAUUCACAGCACUGGGAUGCAACUAUCCUAUCUGUGUGUGGUUGAUUAAAGAUCAAUUCAAGAUGCCCCCUGCUCCCGUUUACGACGAUCCGUCUCAUGCCAGUGUCAAAGCUCUUCUUUUUGAAGAAGCCACGGGCAACAAAGAGAUGGAAAAUAACAUUACAGAAGAUGCCAUUGAAGCUCGCUCCAUCGAAAUCGUCGCUUCAAAUCUGUCGCUGCGGGAGCGCCACGCAGACGACGAAGAAAAGUGGGCAACAGCUAACGCCCGAGCUUCCUUCUACCUACGAUCUACCGUCGGACCUGAGGCUUUAUCCAUGAUUUUUUACAUUCCAAAUGUUCGCGAGGCCUACCUUAAGCUGAAAACGGUGUACUGGAGCCCAUCGCAUCAUGCUAUCUACCGACGGUUCAAGAAACUUGACCACCUCCGCUACAGAAAAGGAGAUCCUGAGACCUUUGUGGUGCGUUUCCAGAAGAUCCUUGGGGACUACACUGCGUUUGUUGGAAAAAUGACCCCCUUGCAAGAGCUCUGCCACUUCAAGAGAGCAAUUAUCGGCAGUCCUCGGUGUCGUGUCUUUAUCCCAAGCCUCAGGGUUAAUGAAGAAGACCCCGACUUGAUGAAUCAGGUCUACCGCGACUUUGUCACAGCCGUGAGAAUAUUCCAGACGUUACCAAAGUCCCGAUGA